GACCCAUUUGACUGGUGCUCAUUGAUAUACAGGGCUCCGACAUCUGGAGGUCAAUACCAUUGGGUAUCCGAAUUCGCACCUCGUAGUUGCCAGAAGUUCUUGAGCUAUAUCACCGGUUGGCUGUGUGCUAUGGGCUGGCAGUGUGCCAUCGUCUCAAUUGCCUUCCUUGCAGGAACUAUCAUUCAGGGCCUCAUUGUUCUCAACCAUGAAGAUUAUGUCUUUGAGCGCUGGCAUGGAACACUUUUGGUGAUUGCCAUCACCUUCUUCGGAAUCUUAUUCAACACCUUCCUGGCCAAGAAAUUGCCUUUCGUCGAAGUCCUGAUUCUUAUCCUCCAUGUUGUUGGACUGUUUGCCAUUGUUAUCCCUCUCUGGGUUCUGGCACCUCGCAGAAGCGCCAAGCAGGUCUUCACAGAGUUUAACAACGGUGGUGGGUGGAACAGUGUUGGAACAGCAACACUAGUUGGAUUUUCCACUACUAUCACCGCCCUAAUUGGAUAUGACUGUGCCGUGCACAUGUCCGAAGAAAUCAAAGACGCAUCAGAGACCCUCCCGAAGGCUAUGAUCACUUCCGUUCUCAUCAAUGACUGUGCGGGAUUUCUCAUGCUGGUGACGAUCUGUUUCACCCUAGGCGAUAUCGACGACGUCCUCGCAACCCCCACCGGGUACCCAUUUAUUCAAGUCUUCUACAAUGCCACCAAUAGUCUUCCCGGCACGAACACCAUGACUGCCAUCUUGGUUCUUACGCUCACUGCUAGUACGAUUACCGAGUUGGCCACGGCCUCCCGGCAGCUUUGGUCUUUUGCCCGAGACGGCGGUCUUCCAUUUUCUGGGUUUUUUGGAUAUGUUACUCCCGGGUGGAAUAUUCCUCUUAAUGCGGUGAUGGUUUCCCUGAUGGUAACGGUUCUCCUAUCGUUGAUCAACAUCGGUUCGACAACGGCUCUCUUGGCCAUCGUCACCUUGACCAUCGGAUCACUUAUGUCUUCAUACGUUAUUACGAUUGGGUGCUUGCUGCUCAAGCGGAUCCGUGGCGAGCCCCUGCCACCUCGUCGGUGGAGCCUCGGUCGGUUUGGAAUGGCCAUUAACAUCGGUGCUUUGUGCUUCUUGGUGCCGGUGUUUGUGUUCGCUUUCUUUCCCCUGACCUCGACGUCGACCGAGAAUCGAUGA